AUGUUGGCCAACGCAAAGCCCCUGGCGCCACUGUCACUGUCACUGAUCCGAAGUUUCUCUUCGGAAAGCGGUUUGCCUCGGCUUCGUUUGCGGGGUUUGCCGUUUCACGCCACUGCCUAUGACGUGCGCGGUUUCUUCAAAGGCUUCCGCUUGGCCCAGUCAGGUGCUGUAGAACUGCUCCGAAACGGACGGAGACCCACGGGCCAAGCUUUUGCAUAUUUUCAAGAUGUCGUUGAAGCUAUGAGAGCGAAGGACGCCUUGGAUGGCAAGCCAUGCUGUGUGAUCGGAACGCAAGUCUAUCGAUUAGAGCUCAUGGAAGACUUCCGAGGAAGAGCGAUGGUUACAGAUGAAGAUGUUCCUGGCGACAUUGUCGAAGAUGAUCUCCGCGACUCUGUCCGGAAGUCCAUGGUCGGCUUAAAGUACAAAGAGAAGUUGGACAUGAAAAAGUUCAAAUUCAGACAGUAUUAA